AGCAAAUAAAUAUUUCCAAAUAAAAGAAGAUAAAAUCAUUAGGUUGAAAUACCUGAAAAUGUUUACUAAAAGGACUAUUAUACAGCAUCUGUCAGAAACAUAUUUGUAGUGCUGAAAUACUUUUUGCAGGAAGAAAGUCUAUCAAUAUAAACUCGUUUGAAUAUGGUACCAUUACUAGUAAUUAUUUGCCUACCUAUUAAUUGAGACCAGACCUCUGCCAACACAUACACUUUCUUUGCUACAUCUACUUGUCCUUUUUAAUAUUUAUUUGAAUGUCUUGUUUGGGACCAAAUUACAGUAUAUUUUACUCUUGAGGGUUACUAUAGCUAAUGAUAUACUUACCAGAAGUGAAAUUGGUAUUUAAGCCUUUAAAACAGCUGACUGAAAAAUUAAGACAAAUGUCUGGAUAGAUAAAAUACUCUUUGCAUUUCCUGUAUUCUGGGCCAGCUAUUAAAGGUCUUAACUCAGUUUUAACAAUUUCAUUCAUAGGCAAAUCACCAAUCACUGUCACUGCUGCACAAAUUAGUCAUAAACUGAAUAAGAGCCUGAGGAUUUUGAUGAAAAUCAAUAAAAUGUGUACAGAAGUCUUGAAAGCUUGUGAAUUAGUUUAUCAAAGAGAUGCUAAACCUGAGAAGUCCCAAAGACAGGCUCUGGCUCAUCAAAAUUUGCUCUGAGGAGUGAAGAAAGUAGUGUGACUCAAGAUCUAGGCAUCUCCUUAAGGAGAUGCAGACCAUGCCAACAGAGUGCAGGGAUUAGAACUCAACAUGUUGUGAUGCUAUGGCAUGAUGCGUUUUUUCUUCUAAGGACUGUGUAAGCAGCUCAGAAUUGGUGUAGUAUCUGAGAUCUAGCAUAUGAGAUGUCUUCACACAGAGGUGCUACUUUUCCAUGAAGCCUUCAUCUGGGGUACGCUAGGAUAAAUUAAGGUGCUGGAGAUUUUUCUGUUGCUGGAAGUUUCAGGCUUCUUUCCCAUUUUUUCCAGCCCUUCUCCAAUCCAUUGCCACUGGAAUUCUUUUGGCCCUUGGUCCGAGUGCAACGGCUGUACUCAAAAACAGAUUAGGAGACGGACAGUGGCUGUUUAUGGCCAGUAUGGAGGAAACCCCUGCUCUGGGGAUACCUUUGAAACAAGACCAUGCAAACCCACAAGAGGAUGCCCAACAGAAGAUGGCUGUGGUGAUCGGUUCAGGUGUUUCUCAGGUCAGUGCAUUAGCAGAUCCCUAGUGUGCAAUGGUGAUCAGGACUGUGAGGAGGAUGGUGCAGAUGAAGAUCGAUGUGAAGAGAGGAAAACUCUUUGAUCUUAUUACUGGUGAGACCAAGGGAAGAGUCAUUCAUACAAAAAGCUUUGGAGGGCAAUGCAGAAAGGUCUUUAGCGGUGAUAGGAGAGAAUACUACAGGCUGAGUGAAAGUGUUCUUGCUUAUAAUUUUCAGGUUAAAGUUCAGAAUGAUUUCAGUUAUGAGUUUUUCAACAGCACCUGGUCUUAUAUGAAACACAUAGAGCAGUAUGAAAAUUCAAACAGAUACAAACACACACAGAAUAAAAAUCUGCAAAAGAGUAAGCAGCUGAUGGUUGUGGAGAACAGUGUGGAAGUUGCUCAGUUUAUUAACAACCGCCCAGAUUUUCUCACUCUUGCGGAGCCUUUCUGGAAGGAACUGUUCAACCUUCCAGUCAUCUAUGAGUACAGCGUCUACCGAAGACUUAUUGAACAUUUUGGGACACACUUCUUACACUCUGGGUCUCUAGGAGGACAUUACAAAGUUAUUUUUUAUAUGGAUACUGACAAAAUGAAAGCAGAAGAUGUCAGCAUAACAGACUUGUACAAGUGUACCUCAUCAGGCUGGAAUAUACUCCUUGUGAAAAAGAAGAAGACAGAAUGCACCAAACUGGAUGAACUGCUACUGACUUCUUCAGGAAGCAGUGGCAAUAAAAUUAAAGGAGACCCUUACAUAGAAGGAGGAAGCCCAGGUGCUGUUGCUGGCCUUAGUUAUCUAGACCUAGAUAAUCCUGCUGGGAACAGUCGUAUGUACACCUUGUGGGCUGCAUCAGUGACAGACUAUCCCAGAGUAAUUAAAAAAAAGCUAACACCAUUAUAUGAGCUGGUAAAGGAAGUGCCCUGCUCUUCAGUCAAAAAGCAUUACCUAAAACAAGCCAUUGAAGAAUAUAUGGCUGAAAAUGAUCCGUGCAAAUGUCAGCCUUGCCAGAAUGGUGGUGAGGCAGCCGUGGAAGGAACACAGUGUGUGUGUUACUGCAAGCCUUACACCUUUGGAGCAGCUUGUGAGCUGGGAACUCUUGUGCAAGAUCAGCCAGGCGUUGUUGAUGGACACUGGAGCUGCUGGUCUUCCUGGAGUCCUUGUUCAGGGGGAAGGAAAUCGAGGAGUCGAACCUGCAACAACCCCUCCCCACGUGGUGGUGGGAAGGCCUGCCUGGGAGAGCAGCAUGAAAGCAAAGCAUGUGAAGAUGAGGAGUUACAGCAUCUUCGCUUGAUUGAACCACACUGUUUUGAUUUAUCCAUAAAUCCUACAGAAUUUUGUCCACCUCCUCCUCUCUUAGAGAAUGGAUUUGUUCAAAAUGCUGAAAACUCAUACCCUGUUGGGAAAAACAUUGUCUAUGCAUGCAAACAUGGAUAUUCUCUUGUUGGUGAUCCUGUUGCUAAGUGUCACAGUAAUUUACAGUGGCAAGUUGGAGAGAGAUACUGCCAGGAAACCGCUUGUCUCCUGCCUGACCUGGAGGGGGGUUUGCAGCUAGAGCCAUGGAAACCUGUGUACGAGAUUGGUGAGAGAAUAACUCUGUCUUGUCCACACAGCAUGCACUUGGAAGGGGCACACUCCAUUUUGUGUGAGCCCAGCCUCAAGUGGUCUCCUGAUGUGAACACUAUUCAGUGCAAGAGAUCAGUACCCAGUGUGAAAACAGAAGUGACAGAGCCUAAAUGUCAGCCAUGGGAGAAGGUAUAUCAGUCACAAUGUGUGUGCAAAAUGCCCUAUGAGUGUGGUCCUUCCCUGGACACCUGUGCUACAGAUCAAAGAACCAAGAGAAACACACCUUUAACUGUUUGCAAGAUGCAUGCCUUGGAAUGUAUGGGCAGAAAAUACUCUCUGACGAAUGCAGAAAACUGCAAAGUACCCCAGGCAGCUGAAAUACCAUGUGGAUCAUGCCGUCCAUGGGAAAAAUGCAACGUGUCAUCCAACAUCUGUGUUUGUGAUGAAGAUGGGCUGUGUGAUGAGGGAGGUGCCCAGGUCUGCGCUGAAGUGAGCGGCUCUGCAGCCCGUCGGACCAUGACCGAGUGCGAGGUUGGGCUGCUCAGAUGCCGGGGUGAGACUGUCACCCUUGUCAGCAUAAGGCCCUGUGACACACAGAAUAAAUAAGAUAUGUUACACUUUAUUUUGCUUAUUGCUGGAGGAUAUGUCAAAAUGUGUCAGCUCUUGGUCAGGACAUACUUUGAACCUUGCUCUGCCAAAUGUAAGCUCUGCUGUGAAAUCCAUCACAGCUGAUGAGACUGUGCAUCUGGUUAGCUCUGUAUCAAGGCCUGAGGCUCUUUGUUAGAAAGAGAUGCACUUGCACAACUGCUCACAACAGAGCUCUUAGGCACCAGCCUUACCACUGGCAGAUUUACUUCAUAUUUCUAUCCGAAUUAAAAAGUAUUGCUGCAGUGCAAUUGCCAAAGUAGCUAUUAUAGUGAUAGAUUACCAUGUCUGACAUUGUCAAUAUGUUUUUCUUAAAGUCACACAAACACAUGCUUGCACUGAGUAGAUUUAGAUUAGCAAAACAUACAGACUAAGCUUUACAGAAUAAGAGGUAUGAUUCUUCUCUUUUAAUAAAGCAGCUUCUUUCUACCAUAUUCUACUCUGCUGAGAAAAGAGGCUGCACAGAACUGAUCAUGUUGUUGAGCCUGAUCCACUUAAAUGACAAAAUAAUGUACAUUAAUAGUAAAGCCAUAUUAAAGUAAUGAGAAUACAUCUAUGCUUGCAGCUUCUCAUAUGCAGAACCACUUUAUGAAAAAUCACCAUUUUACAUUGUCAUUAUUAUUAUUAUAAUAAUAACAACAGGUAUCAUCAUUAUAUGUUGUCAUUAUAUGCUUAUUCUAAGCACAGAUAACUCAGUUACAUUUGUCACACGCAUUUAUGUUUGUGCCAAGAUUGGUUUCUUUACAGAUGGUUGAACAAAGAGGCAUUCUGCCUUAGCAAAACUUUCUCAGAGGCAACCAUUAAAGAAAACACAUCUUUACAGCAAUGAAGACAUUCUGCAUGCAGUCACCUUGGAGAUACCACUGGAUUAUCUUCAAAGACUAUUUGUGAAUAAAAGAAGUCUCCUACACUCUUUCCUUAUAGAGCUAGGCAUUCUCUCUGGCAUAGCUGGACCAGGACAUCUUUCCUUACAUAUCACAAGUACAUUCAGGUUACCAUGCUGGCAGUCCCAUCCCUUCUGACUAUACUUGGAUGCAAUAAAGGACAAAGGGCUGAUAGCAAAAGAAUGUUCAACAAAGUGCAGUACCAUCAGCACGUAUGAUAUGUCUGUAUUCUUUCAAAGCAACAGGUUUUAUUUCUUACUAUCAGUAAUACAGUAAGAUUAAACAUCUCCCUUGUUUAUGUUUCUACCAGUAGUUUCUUUGCAUAAACCUUACCCUCAGCUGGAUAAAGCUUUUCUUUCUGUGAUGCUGGCAAUAAAGUGUAAGACUGAACAGGA